AAACCUGAAUCAUUCAUUCAUUCAUUCAUUCAGACUCCCUAAUACUCAGCCACAUCUAUUGCAUGCUCUUCCUCAUCUCCUUCUUAUUCUCCCCUUCUCCAUCAAACUCACACAAUAAGUUAAGGCUAAACAACCUCCAUGGCAGUUGAAGCUACUUCCAUGAUGAAUCUCUUGCCUUCUCAGUUACUCACUAAUAGAGAAAUCAUCAAACCCAAUCAACACUAUCACCAAUUAAAUUCUGAUUUUAUAUACAAUGCUCAAAUGGAUUGUGCUUUGCCUCCAGCAACAACAAUGCCUGAAUCACUUCUACCUCUGUAUCAAUCCAAUUUUUGUGAUCCCAACAAGGCAGACAGCGGUCUCACCUACCAUAUUCCGCUUCAAAGAAAACGUUCAAGAGACUUCACCAAUGAACUAACCUCUCUCCCACCUCAACAGAAGAACAAACUCUCCUCUGAAUCAUCAUUCCUCAACCAAGAUGCUCUUUUUCAAUUCCAGAAUCACCAAUCCGAAAUCGAUCGCGUCCUUGCCCAUCAUACUGAAAAAGUGAGAAUGGAAAUGGAGGAACAAAAGAUGAGGCAAUCGAGGAUGUUAAUGAGCGCAGUUCAAGACGCAAUGGCGAAAAAGUUAAAGGAAAAGGACGAAGAAAUUCAGAGAAUAGGAAAGCUGAAUUGGGCGCUCCAAGAAAGGGUCAGAAACUUGUGCGUGGAGAAUCAAAUUUGGAGGGAAUUAGCACAAACCAACGAAACUACAGCCAACUACCUACGAAGCAACUUGGAACAAGUGCUGGCACAUGUCGGCGAAGAUCGCGGUGUUGCUGUCGCCGAUGAUGCUCAAUCAUGUUGUGGGAGCAAUGGGGCAGUGGACGCAGGCGAUGACACGGCGACAUCGCUGCCGGCGGUUGGCGGUGGUAGUGGUAGGUUGUGUAAGAAUUGUGGGGUGAGGGAGUCAAUAGUGUUGUUGCUACCAUGCAGGCAUCUUUGCCUUUGCACAAUGUGUGGGUCCACAGUUCGCAAUUGCCCAGUGUGUGACUCUGGCAUGGAUGCUAGUGUCCAUGUUAAUCUGUCUUAGAACAACUUUUUACAUAGAUUUUUGUUUUGCUGUAGAAUUUCGCUGUAAGAGUGUAGACCAACACAAACUAAAGAAAAAAUAGUUUUCUUUUUCUUUUUUGUCAAAAGGACAGAGUUAGAGAAAAAGAAAAACAAAAACAAAUAGAUUUUAGAAUUCUUUUGUUCAUAUUUCAUAAUUCAAUCUUUUCCUUUUAAAUUUUUUGAUUUAUUUAAUGGUUAAUUAUGCAGGUAGUAAUUCUCUUAUCAAUUACUGGUGUUUACUGUAUCAAUAUUUGCCUAAAAAAUGUUUUGGGU